GUAUUCUUGAGGGGAUGGGGGUAGAAACACAUAGCAGAAGUACCAGUUGAUCAUUUCAUCUCUUUGGAAUUUACCACCUUGUCUUCACUAGGAAAAAAGUGUUUAUCAAAAAAAAAAAAAAAAAGUAAAGACAACGCAGAGCGACCACAUUGCAAAUAAAAGAUGCUCUUAGCUAAUUUGAAGGGGCAUUUGGCUGUCUUACAAAAACACCGUGUGUUUUGGCAAAGUCAGGAGCUUUGGCUUAGGAAACCCAUGUUUGGAAUAACAGGGUGUGUUGCAAGUCAAAAUUCAGGUGUCUUGGCAGAGAUAUAUGCAUAAUCUGGCAUGAUGCCUUUCUGCACUGUGCCUAGCUGUAGCAAGUGCUAAAGUCCCUUGUGAACAAUAUAUGAAUCUCAUCUUGGGGGAAAAAAAAAGAAAAAGAGGAGGAGGGAAAAGGGAGCCAGGGUUUAUUUUAACAUAUAGUGGAUAUAAAAAACAAGUAUCAGAAGCAAAACAUUUCCAUGAAGCGUUUGCUGUGAAAAUUCUGCAACUUCUUGUUGCAAACCUCUUUAUCGCUUGGAUUGGCUGAUUUCCAGAGCAUCAAGGCUAGGAACUGAGAGACUGAAAUAUAAUCAGUGGUGAUACAUUUUAACCACAGAAAACAUUCUCUGCUUCCAAAGCCUCUGGUGUCUCUAGUAGGCAGUACAACAGCAACAGCUCCCUGCUGCUGGACUCCAGAGACGGGGAAAAUUUUGAAUCAGAAUGUCCCAGCAAAGAUGCAUUGUGAUCUUUGCACUGGUAUGCUGCUUUGCAAUUCUGGUUGCACUGAUAUUUUCGGCAGUGGAUAUUAUGGGAGAAGAUGAGGAUGGACUCUCAGAAAAGAACUGUCAAAAUAACUGUCGGGUUGCUCUUGUGGAAAAUAUUCCUGAAGGUAUCAACUAUUCAGACAGUGCACCAUCCCAUUUGUCUCUUUUCCAAGGCUGGAUGAAUUUACUUAAUAUGGCUGAAAAGUCUGUUGACAUAGUAUCUUCCCAGUGGGACCUCAAUCACAGCCAUCCAUCAGCAUGCCAGGGUCAGCGUCUUUUUGAAAAAUUGCUUGAACUGGCAUCCCGAAAUAUUGAGAUAAAACUAGUGAGCGACAUACUGCCUGUGGAAUCAAAGGUAUUAAACGACUUGAAAACAAAGGGUGCUGAAGUGUUGUAUAUGAACAUGUCAGCAUAUAAUGAAGGUCGGCUUCAGUCAUCUUUCUGGAUUGUUGAUAAACAGCACGUGUAUAUUGGAAGUGCCAGCCUAGACUGGAGAUCACUGGGACAGAUGAAGGAACUUGGCAUCAUCGUAUACAACUGUAGCUGCCUGGUCCUGGAUUUACAAAGGAUAUUUGCCCUCUACAGCUCACUGAGAUACAAGAAUAAAAUACCACCAAGCUGGUCUAAGAGACUGUAUGGAGUGUAUGAUACUCAAAAUAAACUGACAUUGCAGCUGAACGAGACAAAAUCAGAAGCUUUUGUGUCGAAUUCACCUAAACUCUUCUGCCCAAAGGACAGAGUCCUGGAUAUUGAAGCUAUAUACAGUGUUAUCGAUGAUGCAAAACAGUUUGUAUACAUAGCUGUGAUGGACUACUUGCCGAUCGUCAUUGACACCAAUGCUAAACGGUACUGGCCAUAUUUAGAUGGGAAGAUAAGAGAAGCGUUAGUAUUACGAAGUAUUAAAGUACGACUUCUCAUCAGUUUCUCAAGAGACACAGAUCCCCUUACUUUUAACUUUGUUUCAUCUCUGAAAGCUAUUUGCACUGAAGUUCCAAGCUGUAGUUUGAAAGUUAAAUUCUUUGACCUUGAGGAAGAGAAUGCGUGCUUUCUUAAAGAACAGAAGAACACUUCCCUUCCCAAAUUAAAUCGUAACAAAUAUAUGGUGACUGAUGGAGCUGCGUAUAUUGGUAAUUUUGAUUGGGUAGGCAAUGCUUUUACACAGAAUGCUGGAGCUGGCCUUGUUAUCAACCAAGCAGACGCGGGAAACAGCACGAGCAUCAUUAAGCAACUCAAGGCUGUUUUUGAAAGGGACUGGUAUUCACAUUAUGCCAAAAGUUUACAACCAACAAAAAUCCCAAACUGCUUUAAUCACAAACUUAAUAAAGUGACAUCAAAUAAGACUGCCAUGAGCAAUGUGAAUUAGAAAGACUAUUUUACUGUUUAGUAUGGCGAUGAAGAAAUGACGCUGGGCUGUAGCCCUCUUUCUUUCAUAUUUACAGACAAAAGACAUAAAAAGCAAAAAAAAAAAGUUUGGUGGGGGGGUGUUUUUAGGAAAAAGCACACUUAUAUAAAAACUGUCUAAACUAUAUUCUCUAUAUUGAAUUAUUUAAGAUUUUCAAGUUUGUAACUUCUGACACUGAAUGUCAUUUCUGCUUCCACGUUAAUUUUAAUGUUCUGUGUUUUAAUUUAACAGCAUGUGUCAAUUUUUCUGUUUCAGUUUUAGGAUUUUCCCUUAUUGCAAACCCGGCUAGAACAAACUGUGAGGCAAAAUCAGGAUUCAUGCUAUGAAAGGCAGAAUUCUAACAUCAGUUAUUAUUAAUGUUCAAGUAGAUGGCAGGUUUACUGUGUUAGAAAACAUAACAGAAUAAGCAAACUUUCACCAUACAAAUCAUUCCUUUUAAAUAAAUAGCCAGUCACUUGAAUGCUUCCUUAUUUGAGCAUUUAGUUUGAGUAUCACUCCUCCAUGUCUUCAAACUAGCCUUAAAACACAUGAGAGUUACAUGACUGGUAAUUCAUUUAUCUAUCUAACUAGCUCCUAAAUGUAUGAGAAGGUAUUGGGGUUGGUCUCACCAAAUUCAUCAUAAUCCCAAAACCCUUUCAGAUAAAUGGAUUUUUUUUAAUCAAAGUAAUGUGGAUUCCUUUCAACAUAAUAGUGAUUGCAAAUGGUGUAUGUUUCAUCUAACAAAAUCUCUGGAUUAAUAGCAAAGACCUAGGACUGAAUUUUUUUGGUUUUUUUUUUUUGUAAUCUCAAGGAAAUGUCUUCCCCAAGUUUAAUAUUUAUCACGUGAGAGUCAGCAGUUGCGCGAUGACUCAUUAUCACGUUAUCAUAUUUUAUAGAUUAUGCAUAUAUAAAAAACUCAAAUACUGCUUUUUAGGAAGGUCAAGGGUUAUGCAAAAUCAUGCAAUUGUUGUUAAAUGUUCACAGUCAUUUUGUUUUAUUUUACACCUAACUUUUACUUAAAAAA